AAAUGAAAUUUUGUGUACCAUUUCUCGAACAAAAUAAAAAAAUAUGGCAAGAACGUAAAGAUAAUGGUAGUACUCCUUCAUUAAGUAACAAGAAUUCAGUUUCAUUCGAUAGUCGUAAAACUUCUCCAAUUUCUGCAGUUCCACCGGCUAGGACCACAAAUCAUCAAUUACCUGGAAAUGCUUCUUAUUUACUUCAAAUGCCAAAUUUACCUGAUGGAUCUGAAGUAGAUAUUCUUAGUACAACAGGUGCUUCUGAUUCUCCAUUAAAUUCUCGUCAUGAUACUCAAAGAAAUACGAAUUGGCAAAGGUUUUCCCGAAAUAAUCAAUCACUUUCAAAUACAGUUUACGCUUCUACAUAUACCUCUACAGACAAUAUAUCAAAUCAGAAUGAUUUGAAUAAUAACCGUCCUUCGAUAUCUACGAUAUGCUGUUGUAUCCAAUAG